AUGGUGGGAUCUGGUCAUGUAGAGUAUACCAGCAAGUUCCAAAAGCUAGCUAGAUUGGUGCCUCACUUGGUGACUUCCGAGUCUAAGUUGAUUGAGAGAUACAUCUAUGGCCUCAUUCCUCAGAUUCGUAACACUAUGAUUGGCAUUCCUCCUUACUCGAUAGAAGAGGCCAUUCGAAGGACCAGUGCUAUGACUGAUGACCUGGUUAGAGCUGGAACACUGACUAAUUCUGGAGAGAAGAAGAGGGACUUUGGUGAACCCAGUAAGAGAAGGGAUUUCAGAGCUGACAAGAGAGGCAGAGUUGGAAGGGUGUUUGCAGCAGUUGAGCCGGGGCAGAAGGCAUAUGUCGGCCAAGCUCCUCAGUGUGCUACUUGUACUUAUCAUCAUUCAACAACAGUGCCAUGCCGAUUUUGUCAGAACUGUCAGAAAUUUGGGCAUUUAGCUAAAGAUUGCAAAACAGCUAGAAUCCCAACAGCACCACUGAAUGUCGCACCAAGAAACAUUAGAAAUCCUCCAGUUAAUCCAAGAGCUUGUUAUGAGUGUGGUAGCACUGAGCACUAUAGCAAUGCUUGCCCAAGAAUUGUUAGACGACCCGCCCCAGCCGCAGCCAAUCAGAAUCCUCUACAGAUUGCAACACCAAAUCCACCAAGAGCUAACCAAACCCAGCAGACCAGGGGCCGAGUCUUUGCUUUGAAUGCUGUGGAAGCCGCUCACGAUCAGAACGUUGUCACGGACUUGGUCCCAUUUGAAAUGGGUAGUUUUGAUGUAAUAGUGGGGAUGGAUUGGUUAUCCCUGGUAGUUGCUACCAUUGUAUGUCGCGCAAAAAUCCUUAGAAUACCCUUAAGUGGGGGAGACGUACUAGAAAUCCAAGGUGAACGACCCGAGUCUCACAAACGAAAACUAAUGAGCACGACAACCGAAGUAAUCAGACUAGCCGAUAUCCCAAUAGUCCGUGAUUUUCCCGAUGUAUUUCCUGAUGACGUUCAAGGAUUGCCUCCGUCUCGACAAGUUGAAUUCCGAAUCGACCUCUUACCUAAUGCAACUCCAGUAGCAAAGGAACUAUACCGUUUAGCUCCUUCUGAAAUGCAAGAACUCGCGACACAAUUACUAGAGCUACAAGACAAGGGUUUCAUCCGACCGAGUUCUUCACCAUGGGGUGCACCGGUAUUAUUUGUUAAGAAGAAAGACGUAUCUUUUCGCAUGUGCAUCGACUAUCGUGAGCUAAACAAGUUAACAGUUAAGAAUCGAUACCCUUUACCGCGCAUUGAUGAUCUAUUCGAUCAGUUGCAAGGCGCAAAGUACUUCUUAAAAAUUGAUCUUCGUUCAGGCUACCAUCAACUAAGAGUUUGUAAAGAAAACGUGCCAAAGAUAGCAUUCAGCACGAAAUACGGACACUUCGAGUUUCUAGUGAUGCCAUUUGGAUUAACAAAUGCGCCUGCUGUUUUUAUGGACCUGAAGUCGCAUAUUACGGAUUCAUCUCAAGGUGAAGAUGGAUCAAAUUGUGAUAGAGACAUGAGUGUAGUGAAUGAAGUAGUGGUUGAACAAGAGGGAAUAACUCGUGCUUUUAUAAGUGAGCAACUAAGGAAAGCUUUGGAGAAUUUCUCUCCAUUUAUUAUCAAGAAAUUGAAUAAAACUCUGGAAGGAGCGAUGAGUGAUUCCAUUGCUAAUAAAAUAAAGGAAGAAGUUGCAUUAUCGGUGCAAGAAGAAUUUAAUAAACGUUUCCCCAAAAAUCAAGCACCGGAAACUCAAACUCAUGAGAAUUAA